AUGGCAGCAAGAAAAUCAUGCACCCAUCUCACGUGGUCCGAAGCAAAGGCAAAAUCCGGUGAAGGGAACGGCAAAGGAGGAAAGAAAACUGUUGCAAAAAAUGUUUCCCAUGGCAAGAUUCUUGCAGACAAGAUCAUCAUGAAACAGCAACCAUCUAAACAAAAUAAGAUUUCUGAUCGUCAAGCCGCAAGAAAAGCUCGUAAGGAAGAGGAGAGGGCCAAAAAGAUUGAAGAAAAGCGAAGAGAAGAAAAAGAACAACAACUACUACAAGCUGUUGUAAAACCUCACCACCAAUCAUUAGAGAGGAUGAGGAUGACAGCAUCAGCAUUGAGCAAAAAGAUUCAGCAAGAAAAACCAAAAGAGGCAAGAGAAGAAUUCAAUUACAACGAAAUUGAUAUUCUCAAGACAAUUGCUGACUGCAAGCAAAGUCAGCUAGACGAGAUUUUGGCACUGGAGGCCAUGUGCACCAAUGAUGAGUUUCGUAUUUCGGAAGGCUGCGAAUUGGAGAAUCUCCGAAACAAGAUGGAAGCACUUGAUGAGACAGAUGAAACAUCUCUAAGAUCAAUCGCUCGACAUCCUCCGAUAUCAUUCACGUUACAGAUGACUGUUGAAGACGAAGCACCGUAUGAUUUGGCAGCUCAUGUGCUAAUGAGCUUGGAGUUUCCAAACUUAUACCCUUUGGAUGGCGCAAAGCCACGCUUUAAGGUUUUAUAUUUCAUGAUCACAGAUAAGACAGCAGUGUGCAAUGCAAAUAAGCCUCUCGAAUCCUUAGGAUUCUUGGAUGAAUCAAAUCUGAUCGAUUGCAUUGAAAGUGAGGUCGAAACACUAUUACCCUACCCCUGUGUCUACGAGAUCACCUCAACUUGGCUACCCGAUAACCUUUUUUCGAAGUUCAUUACAAUGAAAACAGUUUGA